ACGCAAGUAUCACAAUAUAUAAUCAGUUGCUACGUUUAUACACUAGCAGGUUGACGUCCAGUGUUUUCGUUUAUUUACACCCUUCCAUUAAAUUAAAUCAAGUUUCUUUUCGAUAACUUUACAAUGGCAGAGAAGCAACUGAAAAACAGAGUUUGCAUAAUCGGUUCAGGAAACUGGGGAUCAGCGAUUGCUAAAAUUGUUGGCAAAAAUGCGGCCCGGCUACCUAACUUUGAAGACACAGUUACAAUGUGGGUGUAUGAAGAAAUGAUAGAAGGGAAGAAACUAACAGAAAUCAUUAAUGAAACACAUGAGAAUGUUAAAUAUUUGCCCGGACACAAGUUACCUGAAAAUGUUGUUGCCAUUCCAAACGUAGAGGAUGCGGCGAAAGACGCGGACAUCCUUAUCUUCGUGGUGCCCCACCAGUUCGUCAGGACGAUUUGCUCCACCCUUCUCGGCAAGAUCAAGCCUACGGCAGCGGCGCUGUCUCUUAUAAAGGGCUUUGACAUAGCGGAAGGCGGUGGCAUUGACCUGAUCUCGCACAUCAUCACGAGGUGCCUGAAGAUCCCUUGCGCGGUGCUGAUGGGUGCCAACAUCGCUUCCGAGGUAGCCGAGGAGAAAUUCUGCGAGACGACGAUAGGCUGCCGGGACGUGAUGGUCGCGCCGACCAUGCGCGACAUCAUCCAGACCGACUACUUCCGCGUCGUUGUCGUCGACGACGAGGACGCCGUUGAGAUCUGCGGUGCGCUCAAGAACAUCGUAGCGGUGGGCGCCGGCUUCGUAGACGGCCUGGGCUUCGGUGACAACACGAAAGCUGCCGUCAUCCGACUCGGUCUCAUGGAGAUGAUCAAAUUCGUGGACGUCUUCUACCCCGGAUCCAAGCUCAGCACAUUCUUCGAGUCCUGUGGAGUUGCUGACCUUAUCACUACGUGCUACGGCGGCAGGAACAGGCGCGUGGCAGAAGCGUUCGUGAAGACCGGACGCUCCAUCAAGGAGUUAGAAGAUGAGAUGCUCAACGGACAGAAACUGCAGGGACCCAUCACCGCUGAAGAGGUCAACCAUAUGCUCGCCAACAAGAACAUGGAGGCCAAAUUCCCCCUGUUCACCUCCGUGUUCCGCAUCUGCCGCGGCGAGCUGAAACCCAGCGAUUUUAUCGACUGCAUCAAGAGCCACCCUGAGCACAUUGAUCGCCGCUAACUCGGCCAACACUGCGCAAUAGGCUGACGGCUGAGGAUCUGAUCUGAUCAUCUGCGGAAGCUACUUUUUUAGCGCUAUAUAUUUCUGUUUGAUUUAGCACAUCUAUUUUCUUGUCUGACUAUACUUAAUAAUAUUCGCUUAGCGCAUUUAAAUACGCAGAUUACUUUUAAAAUGUAUGAAUGAAUUUGUAUGAGGCGGUGAUAAUAAUAGCUCCAUUCAUACGAUUCGCUGUUUGUUGUCAUUUAAAGCAUGUUGUUUAUUAAUGAUUGUUAUUAGUUACUGACAUCUGUUGUUUUAUAAUAUAUGUAUAUGUCGUUCGCUAAUCUCGAGUAGGUAAUAUACGCCGUGAGCCUACAUAAACCCACAAAAUCUAACCACGUAUUCCUGGUUCUAUGAGUUAAUAAUGUUUCAUUAACAUAGCGCCAGUCUUGCCAUUAUAAAUUACUCUUUUAUUCUCGUGAGUCUAAAUGUACAUUAAAAUGUACAUAUUCGUUGCAAUCUAAUUUGAACCUUUUGAUGAAACAAAUAGAGUAGCAUUUCUUUGUUUCACUGCGUUGUAAAACAACGAAAUUCGUUCCAAUUUACUUAUAGAAUAAGGUUCAAAUUAAGAAUUGAAAAACUUUAUAUGGUGGAUCUUACGAGGUUAUAAUUAGGUAAGUAAUAUUAAUAAAUGAAUGUGCCAUAUUGUCUGUUCUCAAGUUCGAGGCAAUAACAACUUAUUGACAAGCUUUUGCUUGAAAACGGCACAUAAUAUUAACUAUAAUAAAAUUAUAUGUAGUUUGUUGUUGUGCAGAAAAUGCCUUAGGUCAAGUUAUAACAACUGACAACGUAGCAUAGUUAUAGUAGUAGGUAUGUCAAUCUAUAAAUUAGGAUAGACUUGUCAAUUUUGGAAAGAGAUAUAUUUUAAACGUUUUACUUUUUUGUCUAUACUAUGUAAUGGUUCUACUGUAAAUCGUGUAGGUAAUAUAAAACACGACAGUUCAAUUUUUUACUUUGCUUGAAACGCUGUCGCCAUCGCCAAGUAACGUGUCUUUUAUUUUUUAAUUACAAAAAGGCAAGCAUUUGACCGCAAUCUAACCUGAUGAUAAUAAUAUAGAUAAUAUUUCGAUUAAAUAUCGUGCCAUUUAAUUUUUUCUAUUCCAAUUACGCAUGGGAGUCUAUGGUUAAAUAUUGUCGGUUUAUCAGGCCCCACGGUGUAGAAGUGUAAUCAGUUACGAUAUAUUAUCUGUGGAAUAAGCUAACACUAACCGUUAUCUAGUUUCGGCGAGUAGUUGCAACGUAAAUGAACAAGCUCUCGAGUGCUUGUUCGUUCAGAUAACAUUUUAUUGAUGUUGUGAGUUCAAAGUAGGCGAUAAGUACAAUAUUAGUUAAUAUUAUUAUAUGUACAGAGAAUCGAUUAUUAUAUCUUUACUAUCCACUUUAACUAUACUAUGCACGUCUCGCUUUAUAAAAGACAAAAUGUUUUAUCCAUUCUUAAUGGUAGCUGCCACACACUAUGUGGAAUAAAAUAUAUUUUCAAGUAAA